AUGGUUGACUCUACUAUCGAAACUGCCGCCGUCGCCAUCGUGGGCCUUUUCGCCUUGAACUUGGCUGGAAAGGCAUUGCUCCAUGUUUACAAGACUUUCUUGCGUCCUGGCAAGAACCUCAAAAAGCUUGGGAAAUGGGCCGUCAUUACCGGUGCUACUGAUGGUAUUGGAAAAGCAUAUGCUUUGGCAUUGGCAAAGAAGGGAAUUAGCAUUGUUUUGAUCAGUCGAACCGAGGCCAAGCUUCAAGAUGUCAAGAAGGAAAUUGAGGAGAAGAAAUACGAAGGUGUUGAAGUUUCCUAUGUUGUCUGUGACUAUUCCAAGUUUGACAAGGCUGCCCAAGCAAAGGUCGAAAAGGCAAUUAAGCCGCUGGAUGUUGGUGUUCUUGUCAACAACGUUGGAGUCAGCUACCGUUACCCAAUGUACUUCCAUGAGCUUACUGAUGAUGAGGUUCAAAACUUGAUGACUAUGAAUAUUGACAGCACUGUUUGGAUGACUCGCAUGGUCUUGCCCGGUAUGUUGGAAAAGAAGUCGGGAGCUAUUGUCAACAUUUCUUCGGCAUCGGCUUUGUACACUCUUCCAGGAUUGGCCGAAUACUCUGGUUCCAAGGGAUUUAUUGAGAAGUUCUCUCGUGCUAUCAAUGCUGAAUACAGUUCCAAGGGUGUCACCUGUCAGUGCCAAGCCCCAUUCUACGUCGCCACCAAGUUGGCCAAGAUGCGAAAGAGUCUUAUGGUCCCAACGGCAACGGAAUUCGUGAGCCUUGCCAUCAAAUGGGUCGGAUAUUCUGCUGAUUGUGUCGUUUCCCCCUUCCUUCUGCAUGCUUUCCAAGGAUGGGUUAUGGAUAUUUUGCCGGAAUUCAUCUUGACCCCGCAAAUCAUGUCCAUGCACAUGGCCACCAGAAAGAGGGGACAAAAGAAGGAUGCCUUGAAGGCAGCCGAAAAGAAGGACUGA